AUGGCUACCAUGACCGUGACGAUGCCGUCAAAGUCGGCCAAGAAGAACUCCAAGCAGCUGCCAGAGAAUGAGCGGUAUCUACGGGCCUGCUCCGAUAUUGCGAAUGCGCUCAUUCAGGACUGGGAGUCUCAAAAGGAUCCUUCGCAGCCCCGGAAGGACAUCAACUUGAACCAGCUGCGGGGCAAAGUUUCGAAGAAGCACAGUUUGGCGACCCUGCCGCCACUGACAGCCAUCAUUGCUGCUGUGCCCGAACACUACAAGAAAUACAUUCUACCAAAGUUGAUUGCGAAGCCGAUCCGAACCUCCUCUGGUAUCGCCGUCGUAGCCGUGAUGUGCAAACCCCACCGUUGCCCUCAUAUCGCAUAUACCGGAAAUAUCUGUGUCUACUGUCCUGGCGGCCCUGACUCUGAUUUCGAGUACUCGACGCAAUCUUAUACUGGAUACGAACCGACAUCGAUGCGCGCGAUUCGCGCUCGCUACGAUCCGUUCGAGCAGGCGCGAGGACGUGUGGAUCAGAUCAAGUCACUGGGUCACAGUGUAGACAAGGUCGAAUACAUCAUUAUGGGUGGAACUUUCAUGUCAUUGCCUGAGGAUUAUCGGGACCAAUUCAUUUCCCAACUGCACAACGCGCUGAGUGGAUACCAGACGGACAACGUGGACGAAGCCGUUCAGGCUGGUGAAAUGAGCAACGUCAAAUGCGUCGGUAUCACAAUCGAGACACGGCCGGAUUACUGUUUGGACCAACACCUGGACAGCAUGCUUCGGUAUGGAUGCACGCGUCUGGAGAUCGGUGUGCAAAGUCUGUACGAGGACGUGGCCCGCGACACCAACCGUGGCCACACCGUCAAGGCCGUGGCCGAGACCUUCAAACUCGCCAAGGACGCCGGUUUCAAGGUUGUCAGCCAUAUGAUGCCCGAUUUGCCGAACGUGGGCAUGGAGCGUGAUCUGUUCCAAUUCCAAGAAUACUUUGAGAACCCUGAUUUCCGUACCGACGGUCUGAAGAUUUAUCCCACCCUUGUCAUUCGAGGCACAGGGCUCUACGAGCUGUGGCGAACCGGCCGCUAUAAGAAUUACACCCCCCAACGCCCUCGUCGACCUCGUCGCUCGUAUCUUGGCACUGAUCCCCCCCGUGGACCCCGUGAUAUCCCGAUGCCCCUCGUCACCUCCGGCGUUGAAAACGGCAAUCUGCGCGAGCUGGCCUUGGCUCGUAUGAAGGACUUUGGAACCACUUGUCGCGACGUCCGCACCCGAGAAGUCGGUAUCAACGAAGUGAAGAACAAGAUUCGCCCUUCGCAAGUCGAGCUAAUCCGCCGUGACUACACCGCCAACGGCGGUUGGGAGACCUUCCUAGCAUACGAAGACCCGAAGCAGGAUAUCCUCAUUGGUCUGCUCCGUCUGCGCAAGUGCAGCGAUACUCACACUUUCCGCCCCGAGUUCACCGGCCAGCAGACCAGUAUUGUCCGCGAGCUCCACGUCUACGGAUCUGCGGUGCCGCUUCACGGCCGUGAUGCUCGCAAGUUCCAGCACCGAGGUUUCGGUACACUUCUGAUGGAGGAGGCAGAGCGCAUUGCGCGCGAAGAGCACGGAAGUACUAAAAUCAGCGUGAUUUCAGGUGUUGGAGUGCGCAGCUACUACGCGCGCCUCGGGUAUACUCUGGACGGACCCUACAUGUCCAAGAUGCUGGACCCGUACGCAGAUGAAGAGUGA